GGGAGGCGGCGGGAGGGCUGAUGCCGCACAGCCGUGCCACGGUCCCGGCGGAGGCAUGAGGCGCGCGGAGCGGGCGGGGAGCGGAGCGGCAGAGCGCGGCUCCGCGAGGCCCUGAGCGAAGCCUCCGCGCCGCGCUCCCGCAGAGCGACUAUGGCCGGGGGAAGGAGAGGGCUGGUGGCGCCUCAGAACACGUUCCUGGAGAACAUCGUGCGAAGGUCUAACGAUACUAAUUUUGUCUUGGGCAAUGCCCAGAUAGUGGAUUGGCCCAUUGUGUACAGCAACGAUGGAUUUUGCAAGCUAUCAGGAUAUCACAGAGCAGAAGUUAUGCAAAAAAGCAGCACCUGCAGUUUUAUGUAUGGAGAGCUGACAGACAAAGAUACAAUUGACAAAGUCCGGCAGACAUUUGAGAACUAUGAGAUGAAUUCCUUUGAAAUCCUGAUGUACAAGAAGAACAGAACACCUGUCUGGUUCUUUGUGAAAAUUGCUCCAAUCCGAAAUGAGCAGGAUAAAGUGGUUUUAUUUCUCUGCACUUUCAAUGACAUCACGGCUUUCAAGCAGCCCAUUGAGGAUGAUUCAUGUAAAGGUUGGGGAAAGUUUGCUCGCUUGACCCGUGCCCUCACAAGCAGCCGAGGUGUGCUGCAGCAGCUUGCUCCGAGUGUGCAGAAAGGAGAGAAUGUUCACAAGCACUCACGACUUGCUGAGGUACUGCAGCUGGGCUCCGAAAUUCUCCCACAGUACAAACAAGAAGCACCAAAGACUCCGCCACAUAUAAUUUUGCAUUAUUGUGUUUUCAAGACUACCUGGGACUGGAUCAUCUUGAUUUUAACCUUCUACACUGCUAUUUUGGUCCCUUACAAUGUCUCCUUUAAAACCAAACAGAACAAUGUGGCAUGGCUAGUAGUGGACAGCAUUGUAGAUGUCAUUUUUUUGGUAGACAUCGUACUUAAUUUCCAUACCACCUUUGUGGGGCCAGCAGGAGAGGUGAUCUCUGACCCAAAGCUGAUUCGCAUGAAUUACUUGAAGACCUGGUUUGUGAUCGAUCUGCUCUCAUGCUUGCCAUAUGAUGUGAUCAACGCAUUUGAGAAUGUUGAUGAGGGCAUCAGUAGCCUCUUCAGUUCACUUAAAGUGGUCAGACUACUUCGUCUGGGUCGUGUUGCUCGGAAAUUGGAUCACUACAUAGAAUAUGGAGCAGCAGUCUUGGUUCUGCUGGUGUGUGUGUUUGGUCUCGCAGCACACUGGUUGGCCUGCAUUUGGUACAGCAUAGGAGAUUAUGAAGUUAUCGAUGAGGAUACAAACACAAUCCGAACUGAGAGCUGGCUCUAUCAGCUGGGAAUGUCAAUAGGAACACCUUACCGUUUUAACACGUCUGGCUUUGGAAAAUGGGAAGGCGGACCAAGCAAGGAUUCUGUCUACAUCUCCUCACUGUAUUUUACAAUGACCAGCCUCACUAGUGUUGGAUUUGGAAACAUUGCACCGACUACAGACGGGGAGAAGAUCUUUGCUGUUGCGAUGAUGAUGAUUGGCUCCCUUCUGUAUGCAACCAUUUUUGGUAACGUGACAACCAUAUUUCAGCAAAUGUAUGCUAAUACGAACAGAUAUCAUGAAAUGCUGAACAGUGUCCGAGACUUUCUAAAGCUCUACCAGGUCCCUAAAGGACUCAGUGAACGUGUGAUGGAUUACAUUGUCUCCACCUGGUCAAUGUCCAGAGGAAUAGAUACUGAAAAGGUUUUGCAGAUAUGCCCUAAGGACAUGAGAGCAGAUAUCUGUGUUCAUCUGAACCGCAAAGUUUUCAAAGAGCACCCAGCCUUUAGGCUGGCAAGCGAUGGGUGCCUUCGAGCACUUGCAAUGGAAUUUCAGACAGUGCACUGUGCCCCGGGAGACCUCAUCUACCACGCUGGUGAGAGCGUCGACAGCCUUUGCUUUGUGGUUUCGGGGUCUUUGGAAGUAAUCCAGGAUGACGAGGUUGUUGCUAUAUUGGGCAAAGGAGAUGUUUUUGGUGAUGUCUUCUGGAAGGAGUCUACCCUUGCCCAGUCCUGUGCAAAUGUAAGGGCUUUGACCUACUGUGAUCUUCAUGUGAUUAAGAGAGAUGCCUUGCAGAAAGUGCUGGAGUUCUAUACAGCCUUUUCACACUCCUUCUCCAGAAAUCUCAUUUUGACUUACAACUUGAGAAAAAGAAUUGUAUUCCGGAAAAUCAGCGAUGUGAAACGAGAAGAAGAGGAGAGAAUGAAAAGGAAGAAUGAAGCCCCCCUGAUUUUGCCACCAGAUCACCCUGUCCGCCGACUGUUUCAGAGGUUCAGGCAGCAGAAGGAGGCACGGCUCGCAGCUGAGAGAGGCAGAGAUCCAGACGAUCUGGAUGUGGAGAAGGGCAACAUCCUAGGCGAGCACUCCUCCGCACGCUCAGUGGUCAAAGCCAGCGUUGUGACCGUCCGGGAGAGCCCCGCGACCCCUGUGUCAUAUCAGUCAGCUUCAACGUCUGGGACAUCAGACCAGGCGAAGCUUCAGGCCCCCACGUCAGAGUACACAGGAUGUAAAGCAUCAGGGGAUUACCCCCGGAGAAAAGGCUGGGCCAAAUUCAAAGAGGCCUGUGGGAAAGGUGAAGACUGGAACAAAGUCUCUAAAGCGGAAUCUAUGGAGACGUUACCAGAGAGAACUAAAGCUUCAGGAGAAGCUACCCUGAAGAAGACAGACUCCUGUGACAGUGGCAUUACAAAAAGCGACUUGCGCUUGGAUAAUGUUGGGGAGACAAGAAGCCCACAGGACCGCAGCCCGGUCCUCACCGAGGUCAAGCAUUCCUUUUAUCCUAUCCCAGAACAGACUCUUCAGGCUACCAUGCUAGAAGUGAAACACGAGUUGAAAGAGGACAUCAAGGCUUUAAACACAAAAAUGACCAAUAUAGAAAAACAGCUCGCUGAGAUACUUAGGAUAUUGACCUCAAGAAGAAGCUCCCAGUCACCACAGGAGUUGUUUGAAAUAUCAAGGCCCCAGUCUCCAGAAUCAGAAAAAGACAUGUUUGGAGCUAGCUGAGGUGUUUCUUUAUAAAAAACAGUCAACCAAUCAAACGAACACCCCCCUAACAUUUUAAAUUUAAUCUUGAAAACGAGUGAGGGACCAAUUCACUAAGCAUGUUCCCUGUGUCUAAAAAGGUACAGUAGCAGGAAUUGCAACCUCAUGUCAAGAUGGCAGCUGGCUCUGAAGUCUUUUUGACAGCAAGGGUACAGUUUAUAAAGCUUUUCUUUUCUCCAUUGGUUCCCAUUCUCCCCACUCCCUCUUUCUCCCUCAGGAUGUUGGAAUAAGAGCUCCGAAAGCAGCAGCCAUCCCCGUGAGCGCCAGGUGACCUCUUAGGUUUUUGGAGCAUGCCUUAUGUAGUUAGCUCAGUUUUUGCCUAUAUGAAUAAGGACUGGCCAGGGUGCUUGUGCUUUCAGCAUUUUAAUUUUUCUGCUGCUGCUGUUGUCACUAUCUCAGUCACCUGUACAGCAUGUUAAAUGUCACAGUAUAUUUUCAUAUACUCAUAAUAAAGCAAAGAGGAGUAGAAUUUGUAAUACUCGAUACCAAAGUUACUUUUGGGUAGUCAAGGGAGAACAAAAAGAUGGGAAAAAAAUGUAAAACAAAGAAAAAAAAAAAAAGCACCCUCAAGUCUGUUGGUAAAUGGGAUCAUCCACAUUUUCAUUCUUUGAGUCAGGAUCUUGAUUAUCCAAAUCCAGACUUCUGUCUCAGAUGUUGUAGAGCAUUACCUCUGUUUUUAAUUCCUGCUGGAGGAUGGAGGUCUGGGUGUGCUGUGUGCAUGCAGAAUGAUCAGAACGCUUUCUGCCCGCUGCAGAAUGUAUUGUGCAUCUGUGUCAAUGACCGUUCUGCAGAUUUGCCUCCCUGUGAAAAUAUACUGUAGCAAUUAUGUCCUUUUUUUGCUAUGAAUCUGCUCUUUUAAUUCCUGUUAAAUUAUUAUUCAGAAGUUUCUGUUUUGGUAAUGUUCGUUGUAGCCAAAGGCUUUCACAGAACUUUCAGAGAUUUUAUUGUGGCAUUUUUCUCUAGAUCCAGAUGUAUUGUUCUUGAUCUAAUCUAUCUAGAAAGUAAAUGGAGGUAGAAAUACAGUGUUUACUGUAUACAAGUGCUAUUGUAGCAAGGAAACAAGAAGAUCUGCUUCUUAAAGAAGGAGAUGUUUCCAAAACUUAUAUUUUCAUAACUUUUUUGGAGGAAGAUUGAAGCACUUUACCAAAACGACUGUUCAUUGUUCAUUAGUUAGGGUAGCAUAGAAGAUUCCAUGGCUUGGGACAUAGGUAUAGAUCUGCAGUAAAUUCUCUCCACUGGUCUGGUACGCUCACUAUUUAACAGUAGGUUAUUGUCCAGAAGCAUGGUGCAACACUUUUUGAGGUUUUCAUUCUUAAUGGCAGUAGGUCCUAACACAUUGUGGAAGUCUCUUUUUUCUAAGGUACUAAGUCAUUUACACACACAAAAAAAAAAAAACCCACAUAGUUCUUUGGAGGAGAUUUUGGAUUAGGGUUAAGUAAGGAAGAGAGAGGGAAAAUGACCAAUUAGGAACGAUUUUGGGUGGCCUAAUGCUUGCACGGGGCCAUGCAGAACUGUGCCAUACGUCCUUGGGGAAGUGCAAGGCCCACUGGGUGAAGCUGCACACACAGUAUUGGGGCUGUGCUGUGCAAAGCUACAAGCUCAGGCCUUGAACACAGUAUGUUUGUUUUAUUUGUUCUGAGGGCAGCACUGAAGUUUGCAGCUGGUUUAGGGUUAGCUUUCAAGGGUCUUGCACGCUGGUUCAGUAUAGAAGUGUCCACAGGUAGUAAAUUCUAAUCAAGGCUUGAAGGAUUCCUGAAGCGCGUGUCUGGAUCAAAUCUGUAUGCAACUUUCUACCCCCCCAAAGAUAAGGAGAGGCAUUACAGAAGUGACUUGCUAUGAAACAGUGAAACAGAGGUGCCAUUAUUUCUGGUUCCAAGUUUGGAUUUUUCUAGUGGAAGCUGAUGUCUUUUACAGUUAUGUACUGAGGGCAUACUGAGGAGAGCUCUUUUUGACCAAAGUCACUGUGUGUUUGGUGCUUUAAUCACUAUGAAUGGCAACAGCUACCUGCGAUAGCCAUGCCAUUUCCAUAAGGAAUCCAUACAACAGCAGUUUCAGUUAGGAACUACUACAUGGUUUUCCUCUCUGAACUCCUCAGUCAGUAAAUUCAUUGGGCAGUGAAAUUAGGUAAGAAUAAACUACAGGUUUGCAAGUAUACGUGUAUUUGUAAUCAGUGCCCCGAAGUUGCAGCGAGGUUUAAGGGGUUCGCAUGGUGCCAGUUCUCUAAUCCAGGCAGAUUACUCAUCAGCAUUGUGUUUCCUACGUAACGUGUUUGAAAGGCUGGAAGCCUUGCUGAACUCAGCUGGCAGCCAGCUACCUGCAGUCUGAUAAACAUGGAAAUUAGCUUAUCCCAGACAGAUGAGAGGGGAAAUGUUUGUCGCCCUCCAGGUAUGUGCCUAAUAUCUCAAGUAUUGCAGUGCAGAUGUAGGAUUAGAUGCACAGGUGCAGGUUACCCAGUCCUCUGUUGCUGAGUCCAUGUUGAUGUUUCACAGUGGUAUCUUUCAUGUGUCCUCAGGGAUAUGUUUAAGGUUUUUCUGGUGUUGCUGAUUGCCUAAUCCUGGAGUCAUGGCAGGGUUAACCCUAGAAGCCCCGCAAUUAUUUGCACCGCCACACGUGGUUCUGUGAGUAAAGGAGCACAAGUCCCCAUUUUCUGAGGGAACCCCAAGUGCAGCCUGAAGUUCAGUUCAGUUUGGAACACAGGUACGUGCUGCAUGGCCAGGGCUGAGUGAAGCACGGAGUCCAUUUUUAAGGCUUUUAUGAGGCCUUUAUAAGAGCCUAUAAAGUCAGUAAUAAUCCACUUGUAUAGCUUUCAAAGGUUGUUAUAUACUCUGGAAUUACACUUAAAAUGUAAUGUCACUGAAGAUUAUGGCCAAAUUUGAUUCUGUUACAGUCAUGAAACUCCAGAAGAACUGUACUCCUUCCAAUGACACCGUCAAGGCAUCUGCUCCAGGUCAGCACUGAAGUGGGCAAUGUCACUGAGAUUUGCACAGCCCUAACAAGUCAGACCCAUUUUAUUAUGAUUUCAUGAACUGGCAGGUACUAAAGCUGGUUGUAGAAGACUGCAUCAUCCCUUAGAAACCACUGUGUGUUGUGAAAGAAUUUGAAAAAAUAUAAUAUUUAGGAUGAGCUUUGGUCUUUGGAUUCCCUGGGCUACUUAGUGUUAAAUGAGUGAAACCUUGUCCGCUAUGGGACUCCUUUCACCCUCAGACUAGUUUGGACCUGUAGCGUAUUGCCCAGGCUCAGCAGAUGAAGAGAGAUUCGUUUAGGGAGUGACUGAAAGCAGCUGUGUUGCAAAUCUGUCUUUCUCCAUUGAGCCUUAAACUUGGAUGCCUAAGGCUGGGCGGUGUCCAUAUCCACGGUAAUUGUUAUUCUUCCAUUUUAUUUGUGAGCUUUUCCUUUUUCUCUCUACAUGUUGAGUAAACCUUUCCACUCAAAUUAUUUUUCAUCUUAGACAUGAAUGACCUCUGAACAUGAGAUUCUGCCCCUUAACAAGAAAGCAGUUGUACAUUCUGUGUUCUGGCACAGUGCUUCUACCACUUAACUACCUGCUAAACAACCUGUGUUAAUGAACAAGAGAUGGUGUUCCAUUUUUACCCUAUGAUGGAAUGAGAUUUCAGUCAAAAGCUGGUAGUUCAGAGAAAGAGCCUGGGCUCAGAGUUGUUACAAACGGAGCUUGUAGAAGUUCAUACUUAACCAGAAUACCAAUAUGCAGCACAUGAUUUAAAAAGCAAAAACCAACCCUCAUCCCUGCCGUGUUCAGCUACAUUGACUUCUGUCUGGUAUUACCUGUAUUCUUUUACAAACACCAUUCUUGCUUUAAAUCUCUUUCACAGUGCUGCUCUGAAUCCCAGCGAACACCCUGUUUAGCAGCUUCGAAGGUGAUGUUCUGCUUCUACAGUACUUCACUUAAAUGAACUGAACAAGAUAUUUACUGUGAAUAUCUGGUGAUAUUUUUUUCAAUCGCUCUAAACCAGUCUGUGAAAGAAUUUACUACGAUUUGUCUUUGCUAUAUAAACAACAACGUGUGUGACUACGCUUGUGCAGUUGCGUGUACAUACACACGUAUAUAUAAUAUCUAUGUAUAGAUAAGUCUGUGGAUUGCAUUUUUGUUAUGUAAAAGCACAUCCUUCAUUUAAUGAUUACGGUUCAAGAAGGGAACUUAGAUCUUCCCCGUAGCUAUCCACUGAAUGUGCUAGCUAGUAUCUUGUUUGUUAAAUGUUGAACUUUCAGGCCAUAUCUUCUGGUUUCUCUAGCAGGUCUCAACUUUGUGCAGUUAGUUUGGCUGAUAUUGUGACUGAGAGAUCUGGCAGGUGCUGUUAGUCAGGAACCAGAAACGCACGUGAAAUUGGAAAAAUGCUGUAUCAUAGCUGGUGGGAAUACAGCUCGUAAGCCACUGUUUCUUGCUUGCUCACAGUACCUCUGAAGCCAAGCUGCCCUGGUAUUGCCUCUCGUGGCUUCUCCUGCAGAAGGGACGGUGGAACAGGAGGGUUUCUUUUUCUUGGCACUGGGAGCUGUCUCAAGGUGCUGAGCCUGUCCUUCCUCUCACGUGACACUUGGUCACUGCACUUCUGCUUUCUCGGCCUGGUAUUAGGUGGUGAAGAGCAUCUACUUAAUUCUUCAUUUCUCCGUAGUCUCCUGUGUGUGUAUUGGCAAUAACAGUGUCUGUGUUUCAGCCGCUCUUCUGAUUCAUUGAGACAAACCUUUUAGAGAGAGACCUGGGCAGGGGAAGCUCCAGAAAUGUGAGGUGAAGUACAGUAGAUUACUGUAUCCUCUAAUCUGACAUACUUUUGACCACAUUGUUGUGGCAAGCAUUGAUUCAACUAAAUAAAAAUGCUUUUUGCAAUAAGAUAUAGCCAACGUUUAGCCUUAAGACCCUUCCGUAAGUGAAACAUUUCAAACUGUGAUUCCAUUCUCUUUCCUUCUCCACGUUCUGUAGUAUUUACAAUGUUGCCUAAAGAUAAAGCACUUUGAUUAGCUUUCUAAAUCUAACGGAAAUCACUUGUUGGUAAUCAUGCUUAUUUCUCCACUUAAUGCCUUCUUAUUAGGAUAAUAAAUUACUCCAGUAGUCCUCUCCCUUUCCAAAACAGAGACAUAAUUAUUGUCUGAACACUUUUGUGUUACUGGGGUUCCAAGCCCGACCUGUCACAAAAGUGUUUGUUUCAAAGGUUUUUUUUUUUUACAGUGCAACAAUGCUACUGUGAAUUUACCUGCAACUGUAAUUUGUUGAGAGCUGAUUGUUGAGUGCCGUGUAAACAUAUUUGAUGUGUAAUCCCAGAGCAUCUCCAUAACUGGAUUUAAAUGCCUGAUGUCAACAAAGCAGUUUGGGGUUUUCACUCGCUGUUCUGAAAGGCGGAUGUCCUUUUCCUUUCCUCCCACUGAAUGUGUGACCACUAACAUAGAAAAAGGAUCCUUUUAGCUGUAGAUGAGAGACGUUCAAUAAUCUUGUAUCAGGAGGAACUGCUAUAUAAAGAAAUACAAAGUUUUCUAAUGAAUGUGUUAUAUUAUUGUACUUACAUACAAUCAAUAUUUGUACAUCUGUUGGAAACCUGUCCGCGUUUCGGUAUUUAGCCACCACUGCAUGGACACUUUAUUGAUAUGCAGUUAAUGCAGUCGCUUUGACGCUUUUAAAUGUAUUUCACUUGGUUUUAUCCUUUCCAAAAUCCACCAAAAACUCCUGUUUCUUUUUCUUUGCAUUUGUCACUUUGUUCAAUGAAGCAUGACCAGACAAAGAGAACGAGUAGAUACUAUUUUUGUGGUCAGCAAAGCAGCUGCCAGUAGAUUGCCAGUGUGUGUGCACAUACACACUGCUUUGGAAUGUUUCAGUUACAAAUGCAGCCACCUACAUUAAUGAUAUCCCUGUUAAACAUUUUUAAACAAGCACAAAUAAUAUUUGUAAAAAAAAAAAAAAAAAACUUUAAUUUUAUUUAUUAUAGUAAUAAACUAUUUUAUACAUUAUAAUUGCCUUGGUGUGCUCUUUAAUGGCUUGAAUAUGUACUUAUAAGAGUAAAAAGGAGAUUUUAAGUUAGUCUCUAGAAUCCUGUCUUGCUGUUUUGUUGCUGCUGUUCUGUACCCAGAGUGCUGUUGAUAGAGAAGUUUGAUAUUACCAUUUUACUUGUGAACAGCUCAGGUUGUUUCCUCAGACUUCUGCCUUCUGUGUGUGUCAGUACAACCAUGAUUUACGUGUGCAGGGCUGCCGUAAAGUUGAUUCAGGUGUUCUGUGAAGCACAGUGGACUCCAAUCUGGACCAGCUGUCUGCAAAUCCAUACCAAAACCACUGCUCCUGUGGGCCAGCAACUGGAUCUGGAUGUGAAUAUAAAGUUUUACUCUUCAGGACUUCAACCUGUGAGCUUGGCAGCUGUGUUUGUUCUUCGUACUCCAAAGCAUGAUCUUUGCCUGUCGCCUCCUCACGCUUCAUGGGAUUGGGAACCUAAUCUUCAAAAGGACAGCAAUAAGGCAUAAGCUUUCAGUCUGCAGAGAUGAGGCUAACCUGUACCAGGAGCAGCCAAGGAGCUCAAGUAGGAGCUAUUUUUACCAUUGUUUCUGCAUCCACUGCAGUGCGUGCUCUGACAGGACCUUCAGUUGUUGAUGUUGCUCUAUGACCAGUGUGAAAGUCUCUUCUUUAUUUUGUCUAAAGUUAUUAUGUGUUCCCCGCAAUUGCUAGAACGGGGAACAUUUCUGGAGUGAAGGUAAGUGCUUUUAAUUUUCUUUUUAUUCUGAGGUCUCCAAAAGCUGUUGUUCCCACUCUCUAAACUGUCUGUUUUUUUCUUUUUUCAGGCUCCUUGUGCAUUUUCAGCAGCCUCCCCAGUGGCACUGUGAGCUUGACUUAACACUGAGUAGAGAGGAGGGAGCACUUCUCUUGACCUGCUGGCAAUGCUUUCCCUAAUGCAGCCAAGAACACCGUUAUCCUCCUUAGUGGCAAGGCACACCGAUGGCUCAUGUUCAGCUCUGUCAUCACCAGGACCUCCAGGUCUUUUCUGCCAGACUGCUUUCCAGUUGGGUGUCCCCCAGCACGUCCUGGCUCUGCCACCUCCACCUCACUGGGACCAUCGCAGAGGACUUGCCUGGAGGAUGGCACUUCUGGCCCAGGUCACACUGAGGAGCGUGUCUCCAAGCUGAAGGUACAGCUGGCUGCAUGCAUUUGGAGCACUUCAGGCACCCUUCACAGAGCCCCAUGCCUUACCUACCAGCACUCUGCAAGGAGGAUGGAUCAGAAACUUUAAAAUUCCCUGCUUGAGAACAGUGUGCUUCUCUGUGGCCAAGAGGAUCCCUGUGCUUACCAUAAAUCAGUCCAGAGGAACGUCCCUCUGCUGAGGCAGCAUAUGUGGAGCUGAGUGCCUGGACAGAGAGAACGAAGCAGACUAGCCAGCCACUCCUUGGGUUACCUCCUUUCGUGGCAGAGAAGCACAAGAGGCAAACUCCACAGCUCCCCUGGAAGUGGGAUUUGCUCCAUCACAAAGUGAAUUGGAUCGGGUUUAUUCCUGCUCUGCAUCUCCAAACGAUGCUUGCAGCUUUGAAAAGUGAAAGUCACCUUUUCUCACUCAAGCUUUUAAAGCAAAAUAAGUACGUCUGGGUGUCACAAGCCAAAAGGUGUACCCCUUCCAGUGCAUUUGCAGAUGGCUGUAGCUGUAGACUACUGAAUCAGGUAAAUGAAGCUGCUUUUCUCAAUACUUUUCCCAGCAUCUCUGUUCAUUUUCUCCAUUCUCAUCUUAGAAUAAUGAAAUUUAGACUUCAUAGGUUGAGUGCCCAAAGAUUGAGCCCUAAUGUUCCCUUUGAGGGGAGGGAGAAGGAAGGAAUGUAUUUGACUUUUUUUGGUGGGUUCUUGUUGUUGUUGACGUGUGAACUCUGGUUAUGUGUAUGGCUGGAUUUCUAUGUGCCAUCCCUGAACUAACAGCAGCUGCUUUUCAAAGAAGGGCUUCUGUGCUCUCUCUUGGAGAUGACUCUGGUCAGAAGGAGCCUACUGGCACGAAGGACGUUCUUCAGGCUUCUGCAGAAGGGAUGGACGGAAGACAGAGCCUCUUCACCAUAUACCCCAUGAAGCACUCUUCUUUCUGAAGGUACGCUCACAAAGCUGUGGGAUUAGGCUGCUGGAGGUUGGGUUUUACCUUCAACAGCAAGUGAAAACCUCACAGUGCUUUGUCUGCAGUAAUAUUUCAUUUGAAAGUAUGUCAACAGAUGAAACAAACCCAUACCUUCCCUAGUAGCAAUAUUCUGUGUCUGCUUUAUACAGACAGCCAGCAAGUUGAAAGAGGAUAGACACUAGGAUAGCUUUAUUUAUUUAUUUAUUUAUUAAGCAAGGAUACUUUGGGGAACCUUGUUAGACAGAUAUUAAGCUUUUUUUUUUUUUUUAGCACUUUAAAGAUGUGACACACGAAAGAUAUGCCAGCAGUAGUUCUUAUGACGUAUGACUUGCUUGUUAUCACAAGCCAGGGCUCCACAUCCUAUUUAUAAGAGGUCUUGGCAGACUAUGUGCGUAUGUGGUGGAAAUUUCUUCUAUAUGCCUUACACUUAUGGAAUUUCUCCUCAGUGCCCCUGCUGUAGGUUUAAGGGCCCUCCUGCCACUAUAAUCUGGUUUGUGGUAAUCCUCAGGGAACAUGGGGACUUUCCCCUGUACAGUAACAGGUGUUAGGGAUUGCAUCCAGCAGAUUAUCAACUCCCUAUCUAAUGAAGCUGAAAAGAAAGGGGAAGACGUGACCCACUAUUGGAGAGGGAAAAGGAAUAUUUAUUUGAAUUUGUUCUUCCCCCGCUGUUGUAGCAGGAGCUGCACAGAGCGCAGGGCAGCACGCAUGGGAGAGCUCUGGCUCUUAGACACAGGGUCUGUUUUUUGGGUGGUCUUGCACGGAGCCAGGAGUUGGACUCAGUGACCCCUGUGGGUCCCUUCCAACAUGGGAUAUUCUGUGGUUCUAUGUUCUACUUCUCCACAGUCCUGGAUUAACUCAGUUCCAUGCCAUGCAGAUUCACAGGAAUGCAUCCACAUCUGAGAAGCGGCCCAAGGAAAGCUCAAAGCAAACAGGGGCUCUGUCAUCUGUUUUCACCUCUGUUCCAUUUUGUGAGUGGAUAGGACACAAACUUAUUGAACAGACUGAAGAACUUUGCCUGCAGAAGGUGACAUUGCAGGGAAGGACUGAGGCUGAGCCAUGCUAAUCUAGCAAGGACAUCAUUUUAAAUUCUGUCCAGCAUUUUCUUCUGCUGUAAAUGACCUAUGUGUCACCCUUGUGCAUAAUCUCUAUAAUCAAACAGCAGCAUGAGCUUGCAAGUUAUGUUCACAGGAGCCUUUUCCUUGCUUACACAGUUCCACUUUGUAAAUCUAACCAACCAGGAGUUACUGAUAUUUUCCAUAGUUCCAAGGAAAACACUCUGCUAUCACGCAUAGGUAAUCUACUGUACAGUAACAUAAAAGAAUCGUGCCAGCAACAUGUUGGGCCUCUCCAGUUAUCACAUAAUACAUGAGCACAAGAAAAUAACACUUUGGCUUCAGCCUGUGAGAGGUAAGAGAGAAAGGGACAGUAAUUGUGUUUUACAUGUUCAGAACUGCCUUACUUGCUGUGGGACCUCAGUGCUGUUUUUAGAUGUGAUUUGGGCACACAGUCUUCAGAAGUCUUCAAAGUAUGGAGUAGUUACUAAAUCAAUAAAAGCCAGAGAAAGUUCUCUCUUUGAAAAGCUUGACUUCAGGGGCAUACAUCUGACUUUGAUUUGGAAGUAAGCUUCUGUGAGACUUACACUUGGGAAAAUCUGUCCUCAAAGAGAACUUCAGUUGUGACAGAACACUGAAGCCACCGCUCCAUAAAGGAGCAUUCAGGAGACACAACUGUGGGUAGGAAGAAGAGGCACAGGUACUGAUCUGUCAGGUAGAAUAAAAAGCAACAUCAAACCAGCAUUUGAGGAUAAGGCCUCUUACCUACACUUGCUAACAUCCUUAUGAGGUAAGUCCCAUUUUCAGAAAAUAUAACGUAACAAAAUAAACAUUCCAAACUAGAGGUCAGUUGAAAGAAACCUAUUAUCAGGUCCAACACUUGAAGCAGAGGACAAAUACUGCAUUUUUUGUUUUUAAUUUAAUGUUCAUUUCAGGUAUUUCUCACUUCCAUGUGUACCACUGCUACCUGUUAGGACAAAACUGCCUAAUAAGAUGUAUUGCAAUCACCUGUGCAGGCUCACAACCAUGUACCCAUUUCAGGGGGUUGGAAAAGUAAGCCCAACAUAUCUUUAGAUGUUAUUAGCAUUCAACGUGCAGAUGUGGGACUGCUAACUUCAAAGCACAACAGAGGUGAUCCAAUUGGCUCAUGCAGAAUUGUUUUGUGGGAAAACAUGCAUCGUUUUCCAGCUACUGUGUACACAGAGCGUGAUACAUGCAGCCCUACGUAAUGCUGGGCCACUGGGUAAUACUGUGUUAUAAUGUAUGCUUACUUCUGUUUCCCCCUGAGUUCAUUCCUAUUCUGAAGGUAUUGAAUUAAAAUAUGAAGGGAAUUAUAAUUUUCCAGUUAAAAAGUGAUUUCUGAAGGAUAUUCUGAAGCUUCACAAUACACCCUUCAAAAUACAGCAUUCAGAAGAUAAACAGCAAAACUACCUACCCUUGCAGAGAGGUUCUCCUGCAGGCUCCUUUAAAGUCCCUCCACAUUCUAAUUCCUUUCAAUACACUUCCCUUACUCACAUCUAACCCAGACAGGAAAAUGGGCAUUUUCAAUUAUGUGCAGAAAAACAUCCAAGCACAGCCUUUGUUUUCUAGCUUAAAUAAUUUUAACAGUCAUUAAAUAAAGCCAUACACUUAAGAAAUCUCAAUUGAACUGGAACCCAUGUUAGCACACAAUUCCAUUCCCAGGUGUUGAAAAGAAAACAGAAGCAAUCAUGGAAGUGCUGGAACUAUUUGGAAUUCACCUAAGAUAAGUUAGAUUUCAUGAUUACAUGUACAAAAAAAUAUAUAUUUCCUUAAAUAUAUAAUGGAGAAGAGAAGGCUCUGUGUGUAUGACAUCAAUGUUUAUAUAUAGCUGAAGGAAGAGUGCAAAGAACACAGAGCCAGUGGUGCCCAGUGCCAAGGCAAGAGGCACAGGACAAGGUACAGCAGCAUCAUUAACUGAUGGAAAAUUUAUUAACAUAUUAUAAUUACCCAACUAUCACUGAGAUUGACCUCUGUGUGCUCUGCUUGAGCUGACCUGGGUUAGCAAUGAUCUAAGCUCCCUCGUCUGUCCUCCCAGUGGUUAGAAAUGCAAUUUCUCAACAGUCCGUGCUCUUGAGCGGUGUCAUUAAUAGACUUUGUGUGCACCAUGCUGUAGAAAAGGCUUUGGUCAGGGAAAUGGUCUUCAUAUUAUUUAAUUCUUUGUAAUCUCCUCAGGUUGGGGAUGAACUUUUUUUUUUUUUAAUUAUUAUUUUUAUAAUGCACAUUUGAGGAUAGGCCCUUAAAAUACAGGAGUGUGCAUUACUUCUGCCUGUAGCUCAAAUCCAGCAGAAUUUUAACUAUAUGAAAGCUUAGCCUAAAGGCUAAUUAAGGCUGCUGGAUCCUGGGUUUAAGUUGAAGGGUCUGCUAGUUUUUAUGAUUCAUGUGUUCAAAUUCAACUGUAGUGCUUUCCAAAUUAAUGGCCAUCUUAGGCAUUACAGUCUGCAAAUAGCCUGUAUCCUCGUGUAGGAGUUUUUACUAAUAAGCAUUUUACUCCUGUAUACUUACAGUUCAGCUCCCUAGACAUAAACUUCUGCUGAUAAUGAACUGGCCUGGAACAAAGACCUAAUGCACGGAAUUUCACUUGAAGUUGUCUGCUCUGUGGAAGCACUCAAGCCAGAAACAUCAAAUCAGCUCCACGCAUGCAUUCAGGAAUAACUACAAGUAUGGUGAGGUAAGAUGCAGCAGUACACAAAGGACAGUGAGUUAAGUUGCAAAAGAAUGCAUACAGCACACAAAGCCCGAGCAUAAAGCACGGCCUUGUUGCUUUGCUGCUACUUUCAGCCUGUGUAUGAGAAGACAAAGUUGCACCACUGCCAUGAUGACGGACAGCCAAUUCUGCCAGCUCAUGCACAGCCCUCUAAGUCUCAGCUGGGCAUCUCCACUGUCCGCCACCACAUAAAUCAGAACCCAGAUUCAAGGAGUAUUUAUAUUCAAGAUGCUGCCUUGUCCCACAGUGUCUCCAGGAAAGAGCUCCCACACCUUUCCCCUCCAUCUACAUUGAAGCAGAGCUGGGAGUAGAGCCAAGGGGAACCAGCCUGGGGACUCCAGGCCAACUUUACUAAUUGUCAUAGAUUUUUAGGUGGAGAUAUUGCAGAUUCAAGUGCGAGUGAAGUCCAGAUAUUCAGAAAAAUCAUCGCUGUAAAACAGGAGGUAUUUAAAAGGGAAGUGCUGUAAGGAUGACUCAGAAGUUGUCCAACACACAGUCUGUAAACGAGACUGAAAAGCACAAAAUAGUGAGCUGCCAGGUCAAGAUCUCAACCUCACUCAGGUACAUUGGCAGUAACCACAAAAGCCUCCUCCUCAGUAGACAUGAAGCACUUUCCAGCUAAGGAUAUUAACAAGUGUAUUACAUGGUAGUUUGCUUAUGUGAAUUUUAAAUUAUGUCAUCCUGGAGAAUGCUUACAUCUGAGACUGUCUGAGGAGCACUUACUGCUGCUGAGGAAAACUGAAAAUGGAGAGGUAAUAAAGAACGUCAUCUGCAGUGCAGGAUGACUGGACUCAAAAUCAGCACUGCCGAGAGCAGAAAGCUGUAGUCUCUCAGCACUGUCAUAAUGCAAACAGGUUUCAUUUAGAAGAUACAGGAAAAAUAGAUACAGAUCACAAAAGCUGUGACUUUUCUGCAUUCCUACAGAGAGAGUGGAACCACACAUCACCAUAGGUAAAAUCAUUUUGCUUUUAUCCUUGAUGGCACUAAGGAAAGGUGUGUGCUGACAAGGAUUGUCACAUACAAGAAAAACAUUCAGCAUCAUUCCAAGUAGGAAACGUGCUAAACACAUAGUUUCCUUCAAUCAGAUUAGCUACAAAUAAACAACUUAACAGGAAGCUCAAAAGACAGGGCUACUGUUUUAUAAAGCACCCUUGAGACAAUUCAAUGAUGCCAAAACUAUUUGCAUUGCACAAAGUAUGCAUAUGAAAUAAUAGUAAUAAAAAACCUGCCAGCAUUCUUGUUUACAAAUGCUGAUAAACGCUGUGUGGGUACAGGUAUCCAUCCAGGAGAUGUCUGCCUGCACAGAUACUCCAUUUCGUCUCUGGAGGCAAAACAUCACUGAUAUCCAGCCAUGAUAUCAGCAGCUCUCCAGAUGCUGUGUAAUCUAAAUCAGGAGCAUUAGUUCUCCUUGCACGCAUCACCUGAUGUGAGCAGAGGAAUGUUAGUAACCUCACUCUACAUUGUUCAAUCAUGCUAUUACCUGACCAUAAUUCCAACCCAAGUACUUCUAAUUAUUGUAUAAAGCACAAAAAAAUUACAGCAGUUGGGCUUUUUGCUUCACGUUUUGAAGUAUAACUUCAUAGCCAUCAGUAUUUCCAACAGGACUUGUCAGAGGAAAAACAUCAGAGGCUUUAGGCAACAAUCCUGGUCUCAAGCGUAUCAGGUAAUGUGGGGUAAUUCAGCCAAAACCAAAAGCACCUUACUAGUGCAACCAUUCCAUUUGAAUUAAGAGUUUUAAAUAAAACACAAGGCAGUGUAAAAGUGCCAGGCAGAAUCUUUCAGCCACAGGUGAUAAUGAGAAAGGAAAAUGAAAUCAAACAGCUUUAGUUUACUGAUUAAGAAGAGGUGGAUCUAUAAGCUAGAAGCAUAUGAACUAGAAGUGACCUUCCUUCUCCUCCCAGGUCUUUACUUGAGAACUGCUCACAGCUAACACGAAAUGGAAACAAACCAAAUAGGAACUCUUGCUGGUCUCUCCCUCCCUGAACAAAAGCUUUCAAAAGCACGACUGUAAAUAACAACACAUCUUCACUUGGAAGCAAGACAGAAGAGCUACCUCUUCGAAGUGUUUUGCAGUGAAAACAUUUCUGAGUAAUACACCUGCCUUGCUGUGCAACAGGACAACUCUGUGCUCAUCCUCAAAUGCCUGUUCAGGCAUUCUUAGAAUAAUCUCCUUAAAUACAGCGUGAACAGUUAUGGAAGGAUAACGCUAGCAAAUAUUUUAGGGAAUUAUCCAUUGAUGGCAUUACAGACAGCAAUCAAAACGUCAGAGUCAAGAGCCUCCUUCUGUUGCAGAUGGACAAUGAAGUGUGAGAAUAAAGAGCUAAAUCCCCAGGAGAACAGACACGUCCCAAGGGCAGAGCUGGCAACGAUGCUGCCUGGCACAAGCCUGAGCUGCGUACUGAGUGUCCGUCUGUCAUUGAGCAGAGAUACCCACGACUUGCAAAGAAAGAGGCUGAGCAGAAGGGCAAGUUAACUUCCCUUCUACAAGAACCUGAAUUUCAUGAUGAUUUCUGUAUUGAUCUAAUUAGGGGUCUCCUUCCUAGAAUUCAGGUUUGUAUGUACAGAAUUCCUUCCCUAGUCUUUGAGACCAAGUGCUAGGGAUCUCUUGAGCAACCAAGGUCCUGUCAAAGCUCUCAAUGGGAGUGUAUUUAAACCAGUGAUUCCAAUAUAUUAUCAGUCACCCGCAAAGACAAUCUUUGUGUAAAAAGGUGAAGUGCUAUAAUUCAUUUUCCCAACCCAAUUUCUGACUAAGAUCUCCUGGAAUGAUCAUGAAUGUAAGAUGCUUAAGUGAUGAAUAAAAUAAUAAUUCUUUUAUUAGGAA